UAUUAAGAUAACUUCGAGAGCACGCUGAAUACAUAUAACAAUUUUUUUAGGGAAAAACUCGAAGAAAACCCGGCAACCCCGCUUAACCCGUGAAACGCACGUCGCUUCCCACUUCCCAUCCGAGCAUCCGAGCAAUACACACAGUACACAAACACACACACGCGCGCACGCACGUCCCCAAAGCGUGUCGCUGCCGCAUAACCGCGUAGUCCGAGUCCGCCGCGCGACCACUCCGGAUGUACGCGCCGAAGACGAUGCCGGGCAACAUCGUCGCCGAGUGGCUGCGGUCGCUGCGGCUCGCCCAAUACGCCGACAGCUUCAUCGACAACGGCUACGACGACCUGGAGAUCUGCAAGCAGGUCGGCGAUCCCGAUCUGGACGCCAUCGGCGUGCUGAACGCCUCGCACCGCGCCAGGCUGUUGCAGUCGGUGCGAACGCUGCGCGAAGAAGGCGCCGCCUCGGUGUACUUCACGCUGGAGGAGAGUGCCGCGUUGCAUGACGAGUGUUUCUGUGAGGAUGUGAGUGCCGGCGAGAAGGAGGCGGCGACGGCGACGGCGACGGUCGGGCGUCGCGGGAACUCGUCGCCGGGGGCGUCGUCGUCGACGGAGAGCGGCCAGGAGGUGGCCAAGUAUCUCGAUGAGUACGAAGAGGGUAAGGCGGAGCUGGUGAAGAUACCCAGGGUGCAGUUGAAGGUUUUGCUCAAGGAGAAACUCGGACAGGACGGGAUCAGGUUGAGCUGUUUACCCUAUUCCACGCAGGACGGCGACAGGGGCUACUUGGAAGGGCUGGCGUCCAGAUACGCCGAUUUGUUCAGCACGCACUACGUGGACGUUCUCGGCCAUUUGGAGGACCUGAGGAGGAUCGAAUGGAGCGAAACGUCGCCCAAAGAACGCAAACCCAGCACGCCCGAUACGCCGCCCAGCCCCAUUGGGAGAUCGACGCCCUCUUCCGGGCAUUCCGGACCGCUCACUUCCUCCAUUUCGCAACCCAUUUACGUACCUGGAAAGUAUUCGCCGUCGAGCUGCCUGAGCGACAAGGAAGAGGACGAAAUCUACGGUUUCGGCUACGGCGUGUUCGCAUCGCAGAUAGCCAGGCAACAGCAACAGAGGCUGCUGGGCCAGCAGCAGAACCAGCAGCAAACCGCCAGCCAUCAACCUUUGUUGGUUCACCAGCAUCACAAUUAUCAAACGUGCUUGAGCCCGAGAUCGGCGUACUUCUACGAAUUUCCCCCGAACGACCAAAACUACACGAACACGAGCAAGAAACGGACGACAUUCUCGCGAUUCCUGCGCGGCCUGAAGACGUCCCAUCGCAAAGAAAAGCACGGGGCCAGCUCCCCGAGGCACGGCCGCGCCGCCGCCGCCGCCAGGGGCGUCCCGCAGCGGGUCGAUACUCCGGAUAGCGUCCUCCAAAGCGGUCUGGGCCUGACCGAUUUGGGCCAGCACGCCGUCCUCCGGUCCAUGGUUGAUCCCAGGGAUUACGACAGGCUCAGGAAUCUCCAGCUCAACGGCGGCACGCCGAACACCUUCGAGGAAACCAUUUAUAAGUUGAAGCUCCAAGAAGCGCUGAGGAAGCGCGAGAAGUUCAGCAAAGAGCACGAGGAGAUUCUGAGGGACAUCAAACAGGGUCUGCUCCAGCUAGGUAAAGAAGGCAUCCGGGGUCCUCUAUCCGGUGACGACACUUACAUGUACGACGAAGACGCCAGGAUGCUGGCCCCGGUCCAAUCGCACUACGCCGACCCGCUCAACCGUCCCGCCCAUUGGUACGACGAGCCGCCCUACGAGAGCGACCCCGAGGACUUCCUGAUGGGCUGCAACGACGGCCCCACGGCCACCAUCCAAAACGGCCGCGUGUGCUUCACGCUCAACGCCAGGCAGGACGCGCGCGCCGAGGGCGUCAUCUCGCUGCGCAGCGCCGGCGACAUUUCGCUGCCGCAGGGGCCCCGCAGGGGCCUCAUCCUGCCGUCGCAGGCCGGCCGCCCGGCCGCCAUCAUACCGCUCAGAUCGCCCAGGGACGCGGAGAGCGCCGACUACGCCGGCUCCGACGUCCAGAGCGUCGGCUCGCGCCUGUCGGCGCUCUCGAUGGACGCCGGCCGGUCCGAGCACUACAGUACUACGCAGUACUACGCGCAGCUGGAGGGCAAGAUCCGCCAUUUCAGGAAGAUCGGCGGCUACGCCAGGAGCGAGGACGGCCUGUCGCCGGGCCAAAGCUCCGACUACGAAGAGCAAGACGAUUACAGCAACUGCAGCCAACAAAUCGCCACCGUACACGUGUCGAGCGACGGCCGAUCGGCCGGAGCGUCCGGCCUGGCGGGGAAGGUCCGCGGGCUGCGGGAGGACGUGCAACGGAAGAUAUCGCGCCUGAAGCUCGACGAGCAGCAGCGGUCGAUGGAGCAGCCGUUCCAGUGCUCGGCCAGCUCGGUGGAGAGCCUGCCGAGCGGCUCGGGAUCGAGCACGCAGGCGCUGGUGCGGGCCGGCAGCAACCACAGCUCGAUAUCGAACGGCGACGAGCCGGACGCCAGCCCGACGGAGCAGAUCGUCGGCAGGGCCAGGGCGCUGGUCGACCACGUGCCGAGUCCCUACGACGCGGACGCGUUGAAAUUUAAGGCUGGUGAUAUUAUAGAUGUAGUGUCGAUGAAUCCGAGCGGCCAAUGGAGGGGCGUCUGCAGGGGCAGGAAGGGCACGUUCAAGUUCAUCAACGUCGAAUUGCUGUCGGAGCGGUCGGUGAAGUCGAAAAGGGACGGCAAGUGGCACAGGAACAUCAAGGGCAAGCCGAUGUCCGUGGAGGAUCUCCUGAUGAAGAUCGGCCUGCACGAUUACAUAUCGGUUUUCAUACUGAACGGCUACGAGGACUUGGAGCUGUUCAAGGAACUGGAGCCCAGCGAUUUGGACUAUUUGGGCAUCGUCAAUACGGAUCACAGGGCUAAAUUGCUCACCGCCGUGCAAAUGCUGCACGAAUUGGAUUCGGGUAGCGAAGGCGACGUGGCCGGUUCGAGCAGCGAAUGCGACGAACACCGGCGCCUCGACGCCGGCCCUGGCGGCGGCGGCGGCUCGCCGUUCGGCCGGCGGCAGUUCCCGCGCGACUCCGGCUGCUACGAGGCCGGCGCCAAGCCGGCCAGGCAGCGGCAGCGCCAGCGCGAAUCGUACGCGAGCGACGGCGACAAGAACAACCUCGACUCGGUGGUCGAGCAGUGCAACAACGAGAUCAUGGCGCGCGUCAAGCAGGCGCAGAAGAACCUCAUCAAUCUGAAGGAGGAGCUCGCCUACCAGCCGAACAUACCGAACUCGGCGAGCGUCGAGCUGCAGCUGUUGCAGCAGAAGAAGCCGAAGGACUCGUACGUCGGCGUGCACGGGCAGACGUCGCUGAUCGAUCCUUGCAGGAAGAGCGCCGGCCGGCCGCUGAGCGGCGGAUGCGCGCGCAAGAACCUCGACGACGCCGCCGAUGAGAAGUACAUACAAAGUGGAACGACGAGCAACGAUUUAGGCCUAGAAGCAGGUAGCGCGAACGUGCUGGGCAGGAGCUGCCUGAGCGAGAAGUCGAGCGAUUCCGGCGUGAGCAGCAGCUCGAUAUCGUCGGCGAAUACCAAAGAAACGCGACCCGUCCUUGUGAAUAGCGCCCAGCAGCAUUUCAUCGACAACGCCGCCGCCCACGGUAGCUUUAAGAAGAUGUAGCCCCACCGGAGGCCGCUCUACCAGACCCUGUUCAAGAAAUAGCGGGCCGGUUUUAUUGUGAAUUAUGACGUCCGUUUGAUUUGGUUUGGCGAACGAACUUUUCAAUUAUCGAAUCGUUGUAAGAAACUCGAGCAAUAAUAUCAAAUGUGAAAUCGAUGAAAUUAUUUUUUACUAAAACUUUUACUCGAUGUUCUCUCCUCUGCUCCGGUGAAAUUUUUCGUUUUGCACCGAUUUUUUUUUGGGAAUUUCUGUGCCAACAAUCACUUUAAAAACUGCCAAUCAAAACGCAUUUUUAAUUAGCUUUAGUGAUGAUUUUCAAUAAAAAAAGGCCUCGGUGGUCUUUUCUUUCAACUGCUUUCAUACUUUGAUACGUUUUUUAAUCUAGAGAAUCGAGAUUUAGAUAAUACAUCUUAUGGACUGUUGUAAUAAAAGCAAUUUUUUAAUACAUAAAUAUAUCGUCUACUAAAUGUUACUUCUAAACGUGAUAGCAAAAUUUAACGAAAGUAAAUUUUGUUCAUUCUCAUUGUAUUUAGAAAAAAAAUAUAUAUGUAAAUAGAUUCGAAUAAAGCAACUGUAAAUGUUGUAAAUAAACGAAACCCUUAUCAAAACUGCAACUAGUCCAUUACGAUUUUUUUUAUUUUGUAAAUAAGAUGCUUUACUGGUAGUUGCAAGAUUUUUUAUUUAUUUUUACUAUUGACUGGUUAUGUGUAUUUCUUCAUACGCAUAUCAUUUGUUAUAUGUUAUUAUGUAAUUAGAAAGUGUUAUAUGUCAGUCAAUAAAAUAGGCAAAUUUAUUAA